GAUGGCAGAGGUUAAAGGUAAACUUGGGCAAGAUGGCGGCUUCUGUAUUAGAGCAGGGUGAAGAUGCCUUUAGAAAGCUCUUUAGAUUCUAUAAACGAAGAAAUCCUCCUCCGGAUUUUAGUAAUGUUCUUGAUUUUUCAAAGCCAGAAACCCAUUUCGGAAAAGUUUUUACCACUGAUUUAAGCACAUCUGCAGUGAGUGAUAAUGCUGCUCAUAAAUGCGGUCUUCACCCAGUAAGAAAGUGGAAGGCUUUUUCUUUGGAUGGAUAUCCAGGAUUCAUUUUCAUCACCAACCCAUUUCUUCCUGGAUCUCAACGCUACUGGGUAAAACAAUGUCUGAAAACCUAUACGCAGAAACCAAAUAUUUGCAAUUUGGACAUGCAUAUGCCACAGGCAGAAACUGAAAAUCUCUGGGAGAAAAGCCUUCCUGGAAUGAGGUUAAAGGAUUCUGUGAAAAGGGCGCCAAAAACUCUUUUAGAGAAGUUACGCUGGGUGACCUUGGGUUACCAUUAUAACUGGGACACAAAGACUUACUCCGCAGACAGAUAUACUCCUUUCCCCAAUGAUCUCCAUGCUCUUUCUGAGAAAGUAGCUGCCGUCUGCGGCUUUCAGAACUUUUCAGCAGAGGCAGGAAUCCUGAACUACUACCACUUUGAUUCUUCUCUUGGAAUUCAUGUUGAUGAAUCUGAACUUGAUCAUAGUCAGCCACUGCUGUCGUUCAGUUUCGGCCAUUCUGCAAUCUUUCUCCUUGGUGGUUUAAGCAGAGAAGACCCAGUGACUCCAAUGUUUAUGCAUAGUGGAGAUAUUAUAAUUAUGUCGGGAUUAAGCCGUCUUGUCUACCAUGCUGUUCCUCAAAUAGUAAUGUGUACUAAUAGCCAUCCUGUCCCUCAGAGUCUUGCUGAGGAGUUUAGAAACGAGAAUACAGAAGAUUCCAUUGUACAGACCGUUUCCAAAGACGAUUGGAAAAUUUGUGAAGAGUAUAUGCGGACAUCACGAAUAAACAUGACCGUAAGACAAGUCCUCAAAAUCGGAACGGUUUUCCCUAGCGAAGCUAGCAAUAAAAGAACUGUAAAGGGACAAUCGGAUGCCUAUUAUGACGAUCAUGAAGAAAAUGGUACAAGUGAAAUUAAAAGAAAGAAAGAUGUCUGAUUAAAAGUUUACUCUAGUGCAA